AUGGCUGUGGAGGAUCUCCGGGCUUCCAGCACCCCUUUCUCGCUCUCUUUUUCGGGCAGUGGCUUCCUGGCCCUGUACCAGGUUGGGGUGGUGCAGUCCCUGCUGGAGUUGGCUCCCGAGCUCCUCAAGUCUGCCUGCAAGGUCUACGGCUCCUCGGCCGGGUCGCUCAUCGCUGCUGCCGUCGUGUGCGGUGUCGGCCUCGAUGACCUCAAGGAGUUUUUCUUUGCACUGGCAACAGAAGUCAGGAAAACCAUCCUGGGCCCCCUCUCUCCGAAGUGCAGCUUGCUGGCCAAUCUCAAGGCUGUCCUGCAGCGGAUGCUGCCGGAGGAUUCCUACCUGCUGGCCUCGGGGCGGCUGCACAUCUCACUGACACGGGUGGUGGACGGCCAGAACGUCAUGGCCUCUGAGUUCAGCUCCAAGGAGGACCUCAUUCAGGCUCUCCUCUGCAGCUGCUUUCUUCCAAUUUACUGUGGAUUCAUCCCUCCAUCCUACCGAGGAGUGCGCUACGUGGACGGAGGCUUCACGGGCCUGCAGCCCGUGUCCAGCCUGGAGGAGCCUGUGAUCACCGUGUCCCCGUUCACCGGAGAGCUGGACAUCUGCCCCCGCGACUGCCCCGCCAUCUUCUUCUGCUUCCAGAUCUUCAAUGGCAGCAUCCAGAUCUCCAUAGAGAACCUCUGCAGGAUCAGCUACGCUCUCUUUCCACCCAGCACCAUGGUCUUGAACGACAUUUUCUCCCAGGGGUACCAGGACACUGCCCUUUUCCUGUACAGGAACAAUGCCUUUGGCUUUAACUACUUCGACGGCAAUUUCCGCUUUGGCAGCCCCUGUGGGAAGAAUGACUCUGGAAAAUCCAAUGGGACACACCCCGGCCUGUACAAAAGGGUCCCUCAGUGCCUGACCCCUUACUUCCUGCCAGGUAACAAGGAUUGUCCCAGCGACGCCCUGGGGGUCUGA